CAUUAAGUCGUACACAUCUUACAAUAAUUUGUUCCAAGUUUGAAUUAUAUGAUAUAUAUAUAUAUAUAGUCUAACUCGAAAGGGAAUGUUAAGAGUAUUGGGGUAUCGUGCGUAAAUAUUACAGAGUAUAUAUGUCUUUUGUAUUAUUAUAAAUUAACUAUAAAUACAAGUGGUUUGUGAGAGGUAAGUUAAGUUUUUGACCACUCUCAGUUUCUCUCUACUUAACAUGUCUCACUAUAUUUUAUUUAUUUUAUCUACACCAUUUCUAUCAUAAAAAGUAGAGUAGAGUUAUAUUAUACUACUACUAUACAAUAGAAUUUAAGCUUUUAAAAUCAUAUGAAAAUAUUAAUCACUACAAUCACCACAAUCAUUACCUUAAAAGUAAUCAACUUAAAAAAAGCCUACAACCUCGAGCUAUGUUUUCAGCAUGACCAUGCAACAUCACGUUUUUUUGUAACAAAGUUAGUUCGAAGCCCUUUUCAUUGUUCUCUUCAGCUAUUCUGCAUCAUCCUUCAUGUUGCAUCUUUUCACAGAUUAUGUUACAAGAAGCGACAUGGCGCUCCUCAUGACCAGUUAAAAAUGGAAAUUAAUUUUUCAGAAAGUUCCAUUAAAUUAUCAUCUUCCACUCUUCCUAUCUAAUUUACAAUGAGCCCUCACCUACAAUUCCCACAGUUGUACAAGAGAAACAAGGGAUAUUUAUGGGUGGUUCUUCUAUUGAAGUUUCACAUCUGAUGAGAAAUAAUC